GAGUUAGUGAUUGUGACACAAUAUAUAAGGAUGUAUGACGUCAUAUUGACCAUUGUGAUAACAGCCACCGUUCAGGGAUGUUUCGGCUACCAAGAUUUGUUUCCAUACCGCAUUCCAACACCCAGAGAACCGGUAAUUAACAGUAAUACAGUUUGUGGCAACGUGCCAGGUCUUACCAUUCGUCAGUCACUUGUAUGUGCAAGGGAUCCACAUGCAGUAGCAUCGGCCAUUCAGGGUAUGCAGCUUGCUAUACAUGAAUGUAAACGUCAGUUCAAGAACAAUCGAUGGAAUUGUAGUUCGUUGGAAACUAAGAAUAAAAUACCUCAUACCAGCUCAUUCCUACGCACAGGUUACAAGGAAACAGCUUUCUCUUACGCAAUCGCAUCUGCUGGAGUAACUCACCAGGUGGCGCUAGCGUGCAGCUUGGGCAAGAUUGACGCUUGUCCUUGCCAGCGACCGAAGAAAUCUCAUCUUACGGCAAGCGAACGACGCAAGUACGCGGAAGCGCGCAGAGGACCAUCAUCAAUGGAGGAAUCGCUAGAGAUCUUCCACCACAGCGGGUGCAGCCAUGAUAUUAACUUCGGUCUACAGUUUUCAACCCAGUUCCUCGAUUCGCGGGAAACAGCUCACGACUUUAUGGCGACAGCGAGACUUCACAACAACAGAGCUGGACGACUGACAGUAGCAGGGAGAAUGCGACGACAAUGUAAAUGCUUCGGGAAAUCUGGGUCAUGUGAUCAGAAGAUAUGUUGGGACGAAACUCCUGAUUUUAGAAUGGUUGGGAAGAUUUUGAAGAAGAAGUAUGAUGAAGCGGUGGUUGUGGGACCGCUUAAUAGGUUGAACACAGUGAGGGACAACUCUUUGAGGUUGGUGCACGAGAAGCCAAGCUACGCGGCCGGAGAUCUUCUGUUCUUCGAGACAUCGCCUGAUUAUUGCAGGGCAGAUCCGUCUAUAAAUAUACUGGGAACAAGUGGUCGAUAUUGCAACGCUACGGGCGGUAGAAAGCAACAGGACUCGUGUGUGAACUUGUGUUGUGGGCGUGGUUAUAGAACCUACACCGAAACCAGGACGGAGAAAUGUAACUGCCGGUUUCACUGGUGUUGUUUCAUUAACUGCGACAACUGUACGUAUACUGAGGAUAUUGCCAUAUGUAACUGACGUCAUCAUCUGCUGUUACGUGAUCAUUGACGUCAUUGGUUGACGUCAUACGCCCUUGGGGUGAAAUAUAUCGGGCAUGCCUGAUAAAUACACGUUUCACUACCGCCACCUGCCGGGAGUGGCGAAAUCUGAAUUGUGACCGCAUCGGGGCGCUGCGGAUUAUCGACAAUGUUUCUCGUCAGAGUGACUACUCCCUCUACCGACUCUUUAUUCUAUUUCUAUUUUUGUUACCGUUGACAACACGGCGGCCAUUUUUCAGCUGGCAACACUGAAACAAGAAAACCGCCUGGCAGCACUCACCAAAAUGUUCCCGAUUUUUUGUAAACUUUUAUUUAUUUACAACCCUUGCUUCAACUGCUCGUUUUAAACAAUUGUUUCCAGAUUGCUUUACAAUCGUUGUUGUUACGUCACAAGCGUAAUGUGAUUAAACAAUUGAUUUUGUCUCAUA